AUGGGUCUUAAAGAAUACACUUGGAACAUAUGGGUUUGUGGUUUCGUUUUUAAAAUAACUAUAACUUAUUUGAUGGUAAUCUCUAUAUCUUGUAAUAUAGUUAUUUCUCAAAAUAAUGCACAACCAUCAACAUUUACAAUUACCUCAAGAAUAUUCGAUCAAUUGCCUAGAUUGAAUCCUAAUUUCGAAACACCUGAAUAUGGACAGCUUACUCCAGGUCUUAUCAACAAUAUCUUAGAUCCAAUCAAAAGAGUUCCACAACUAAACUAUGCAAAUCCAAAUUGGCAAAAUACUUUUGCUCAUGGUAUGAUUAAGAAUGCCACCCUCUUCAACACAUUCUUUAUCAAUACUCCAGGUAUCAACAAACCUUUGACAUUUAAUAUUACUCUUACUCUUAAUCCAAGUGCUGGUACCUAUGGUUAUGAUAACCAAACAUUCUUCCCAAUUAAUCGUUUAGGUUGGGAUUCAACUCCGUCCAAUUAUUUAGAUAGCAAUGGUCAACCAUUGUACAAAGAUACCAAUGGAAAUUAUGAAAAUUUCCAUUUCUGUUUAGUUAGUAAUAUGUUCUUUACUUACCAAGGUUAUGAGGUCUUCAACUUCAGAGGUGACGACGAUGUUUGGGUGUUUAUCAACAAUGAAUUGGUUGUGGAUCUUGGUGGUUUGCAUCCAGCUGCACAAGCAUCUGUCAAUCUCCAAACCGAUUUAAAGACCAAAUUGGUUGUUAAACAAACCUAUACAUUGGAUUUCUUUUACUGUGAAAGACAUACUGAUACAUCAACAAUGAAAAUGGAUACUAAUAUUCAAAUUUUCUGUCCAGCUUAUGAUUAUUGUGGUGUUUGUGGAGGUGAUGGAACUUCAUGUUGUAAUUGUGAUGAUGGUAAUCCAUGUACUGACGAUUCCUGUCCUAAACCAGCUCCAGGAAUUACCAAGGAUAAUUAUAAAGACUUUUGCAAUAACAUACCAAGAACUUGUGCAUCCGAUACCUGUAACAAUUAUGUAUGUUCUAAAGCUAACAACGGUCAAUGUGUCCAAUCAGGAAGUGCUUGUCCCAACCAAGAUUGCAAGGUUACCAGUUGUACUCAAAAAAAUGGAUGUCAAUACACCGACUUGUGCGUCGCCCAAGACAAAUGUCAUAGUACACAAUGUGUCAAUGGAACAUCGUGCACACCACAAACAGCGAUUCAAUGUGACCAAGGAAACAAGUGUAUGAACUAUGGAUGUGAUCCAAACACCGGUUGCACUUCGAGUCCAAAGAACUGUGCCAAUCCCUCAGAUACCAAUCCAUGUAACCAAUAUUACUGUGAAGCCGGUACCGGUCUUUGUAAAUUCAUUACCCUCUCUGAUUCUGACUGUGCAUGCUGCAAGGAUGCCAAGCCAAAUCUCUGCCAAGUUGCCAAGUGUGAUUCCAGCUCCGGCAAAUGUAAUGUAUCGAACAUCACCGUAGAUGACAACAAUCCAUGUACCACCGAUAGUUGUGAUCCAGCAACCGGUCAAAUCACAAACAAACCAAUUCCAUGUGCCGGCUGUCAAAACUGUCAAGGUGGAACAUGUGUUGGAAACGAUACUCUCUGUUCCGACGGUAAUAUGUGUAGCAUCGACAAGUGCGCAUUGAACAACACCUGUAGCUUCACACCGGUCAACUGCGAUGACAACGAUCCCUGCACAGAAGACACCUGUGAUCCAGUACAUGGCUGCCAACACAACAAGAAAGUAUGUCCAGAUGUCGGUGAUUGUCAAGUAGGUGUAUGUGUUGCCGGUGUCGGUUGUUCGACCGUCGAAAGAAACUGUUCGACCGGAUUGUUCUGUACCGACAGUCUGUGUAUCCAGGGUAUUGGAUGUGCCAACUUCACAAGAAACUGUGUCAGCGACAAUCCAAAGUGUCAGAAGGGUACUUGCAACAUCGAGAAACAAGAGUGUGAAUUCGUCGACUACUCACCAAAGCCAUUCGGUUGUAACAAAGCAGCGGUUAUCUCUACUGGUGUAAUUGCCGGUGUUGUAGUGGCAGGUGCAGUUGCAUUGGCGAUCGCCGUCUUUGGUGGAAAGAAAGGUUACGACGCAUGGAAGAACUCAAGAAACAACGCAGUCACCAAUUUAAAUAACAAUCCACUCUAUACUGCCAAUCCAAAUGGUGGUGCCAAUCCAUUAUACGAAUAA